AUGAGUUGCUUGGCAGUGGUGGUCGAUUGCGAUGCGUGUCACUGGGGCGAGCUGGUCGAGAAGGAGCAUGACGAGGGAGUGGUGGGCACACUCAUCGAUGCGGUCGUCUCGUACGCCACGGCGCAUCUCUCGCUAGCCGCAUCGAAUCGGGUGGCAAUCGUCGGUGUGGACAGUGCGCUUGAAAAACCAACCAUUUUUGCAACACAUACAUCAACAAAUGUUUGUUUACGCCACUGUUCGUUUGCUAACUUCAAUUACCACAAAUUUCACUAA